GACACCAUCCUCUUCUACCUGGUGGCGAAGGCGGCAGGCGGCUUCUGCAACCUGGGCCUGAUGCCAGAGCUGGCGAGGCCGUGGGAGGCUAUCCGCAUGCCGCGCGCCAGGUAUUGGGAGGGCGCCAACCGCAAGCCCUGCGACUGGGCGGCGCGCGGGCGGUCCAGCGAGAGGGCUGCGUGGGAGCAGGCGCUGUUCUGCGAGUCCACGGUGGCCGAGGGCAUAGAGUACGCGGUCACGUACUUCGACCUGGUCAAGUGCUUCGAGUACGUCACGCACAAGGAGGUGUGGCAAGCGGGAACCCGCUCAGGGUUCAACGCAGUCAUCCUCAAGAUGGUGCUGCGCAUCUACUCCAUAGCGCGCCGCAUCGUCCUGGACAAUGCGUGCGCGGAGGGCAAGGGGCGGGCGCGAAGCGUCGUGGCGGGCAGCCGCCUCGCGUACCUCUGCCUCGAGAUGGUCACCUUCGGGGAGCUCGACGGCGAGGUCGCGCAGCGGCUCAUCGACAUGUUCGAGGGACUGGACAUGAAGGUCCCCGAAGGCGCGGAGGGUAAGACGGCCACCGUGGCAUCGGCCACCGCGUUGCAGGACGGCCUCGCCAAGCGUGUGAGACCGAUGGGCGUCAGGAUGGCGCGGCACGCGGGCCACCUGGGCGUCGCCACAGCGAUCAUCAGGCUAGGCAGGGUGCCGUCUGCCAUGUACGUGGUGCAGGUCAUGGGCAUGGCGAGCUCCACGCUGGUGCGCCUGCGGCAGAGCGUGGCGACCUCCUUCAGGGGCAACACCAUGGGCAAGUCAACGCCGCUGGUGCUCCUGGCCGAGGACCCAGACCCGGGCAUCCGCGCCAACGUAAAGCCGCUGGUCAACUGGACCAUGGCGUAG